CUCUCUCCUCUCUCUCUCUCUCUUUCUCUCUCGUAUAUACCCUCGCAUCGUCCGCUCAUGCAUUGCUAGACGAACUUCGGCGAUUGACAGGACAAGGUAUGGGGAAGUGGUCGCCAUGGCAACCCGAGGAAACCAAGAAACUCCAUGUCAAGUUCCGCCAUUUGAGGCUCGAAGGUUUCAAUGUGUUCGCGGAGAGAACGGAGGCCGAAAGUGAUGAGGCAGAAGAAGAAGAAGAAGAAAACGAAGAAGGCAAUCCUCCUCGAGCUCAAGUGGCGAGGACCCAAGCAAGGGCUCGUCCAAUUCCCGGGAACAGCGAAGCGCCCGAAGCAUGUCACGACCCAGAGGCUCUUGGGCGAAGAUGCGGCCUUCGAAUGGGACGAGGGGGAGCUGAUCGAGAGCACGUGCAGCUUCGGCAGCUCCUUCGCCGCGUGGGAAGUUUCCUUCAAAGUGUUAUACGGGGAUUGCGCGGCAUCGAAGAACAGGUUGGUGGUUAUUGGGAAAGUUUCGUUGAAUUUGGCAGAAAUGGCUUCGAAGAUGGAGUCCGCAGUUGAGAAGAAGCUUCCCAUCGCUUUACAGGUAGCUGGCGAUACCUGCGAAGCCACUCUUAUGGUGAGCGUCAGCUUCUCGGAAGUCAGAAGUCGUAGCGAAUCGGCGUUGGCACAAGUCGUGCAAAGCCAAAACUCGACGGCCAGGUCCGAAAGAGAAGACGGUUUCUUUAAAAUAGUGAACGCCGUGAUGAAGAGGCAGAAGAAAAGUCAAGAGGCUCGACCCACUAGCCCCGCCUCCGACUCGGCGGACUCCGCCGCCGAGAGCGACGGCCGCGAGCCGAGUCCCGGGACCGAGCCGGGGUCGUCGACGACCACGAGUUCGGAGCCGGUCAAACAGAGUGGGUUCUUCUCGUGGAAGCGACGGCGACUGAGCUUUAAAUCGACAGGAGAGCCGUUGGUUGGCGAGGGGGCCCAUGGGCGUGACGUGGAUCCGGAUGCUGACGUUGACCGCCACGUCAGCAUUGUCCCCUCCGUUGACUCGCCUCCCGCCGGUUCUGAAACGAAUGUUUCUCCAAAGGAGACUCCUCCGGAAAUGGACUGUCAAGAAGAUGACUGCCUUUGGGAGGAGAAAGAACUAGUCAGCAGAGAUGGGCAAACAAAACUCAGAACAAAUGUUUUCUUUGCUUCCUUUGAUCAGAGAAGUGAAAAAGCAUGUGGAGAAAGCGCUUGUUCUGCAGUAGCUGCCGUAAUUGUUAAUUUUCUCCACUCAAACAAAUAUAACCUCCCGACUAGAGCUCAAUUCAAUUCCCUCAUCAAAGAUGGUUCUCUAGAAUGGCAGAGGCUUUGCACCGAUGAGACCUACCUCAUGAGGUUCCCCAAUAAACACUUUGAUCUCGAGACCGUUUUGGAAGCCAGAAUGAAGCCUUUCACAAUCAGUCCUGAUAAGUCAUUCAUCGGGUUUUUCAGCCCGGAGAAAUUCGAGGCUCUGACGGGAGCUAUGUCAUUUGAUGACAUGUGGGUUAAAAUCAUGAUGCAUGAAGCUGAAGAGAGCAGGCAUGGCAUAUACAUAGUGAGCUGGAAUGAUCAUUUCUUUGUUCUGAUGGUGGAAGAUCAUGCCUACUUUGUCAUCGACUCAUUGGGGGAACGGCUCUUUGAAGGUUGUGACCGUGCAUAUAUAUUGAAAUUCGAUGAAACCGCUGCACUGUACAGGAAGGCCGAGAAUGGCGCGAGUCAUGGCUUGGGGACGGAAGAGGGUGAGGAUGAGAGCGAGAAGAAAGAAGAAGAGUGGGAGGAGGUCAUAUGUGCAGGAAGGGAGUGUUGUGGAGAAUACAUGAAGAGGUUUCUUGCAGCUAUACAGGUCCAAGAACUCGAGGAAGACGAGAAAAAGGGGUCCGCCUCUAGUUUUUCUCUCCAUCAAAGACUGCAGGUAGAGUUCCACUAUUGCUGUCGCAAUCCUUCUGAAUUGCCGACAGCUGAGGCUGCAGCUGCAUUGCCUUCUGCCGAUGCAUUCUAGAUUUGUUGCUUUUGUCGGGUUGAAGGAUCUGUUUCUUUGAGUGGCUAGCAAGUUGUAUUUUUGAGGGGGUAUGGCUUUUUGUAUUCAGCUCCUUGAGAUGUGUAAGUAUGUAGUUCAGUGAGGAGUAAGAGCAGAAGAGCAUGUUGUAAAUUAUUCCUCGCUCAAAUCUUCUGGAUCUCAAAGCGGUUCUAGUGCAAGAAAUUUUGUCUUUGUUUCCUUCCUU